CGAACGGUACCUACGGUUUUGCAUGCGGUGGAAAAUGUGAAUGUCCUCCAAAAGAAUGUCAUUUUGAAAGAGGUUGUCUCAACAAAACAGGGAAAGUGACAAUCAACUCAAUGACAUCGACAAUGAAAUGGAGCACAGUUGCAUGGACAGUGAGUGAUACCUCUACUAGAACUCAAGUACAAUCGGAAGGUGGCGUAUUGGUCCCUAUUGUGAUAGCUGUCGUGUCUGUCACUUCCGUAGUCAUCGGAUUGUUGAUAAUCUACUGUUUCUGUCUCAAAAAACGGAAAAGAAAUAGAGAAGAAGAAUGUCAUGCAAGUGGACAGCAUUUUAUUUCACAAGAAAGAAGCUAUACUGUUAGUGAAGAAAAUGUGCAGAGCGUUGUUGAAGAGUCUUUCAAACCUUCCGAAUGCCUGUAUUUCGGCGAGACAAAGUGCUUACAAACAUGCUCACUACAGACUGUAACUUCGAAUAAGGAUAAUGAGUUGAGUCAGGAAAAACACGAGUAUGAUACACAAGAGGGCAGUGAGGGACAUUAUAAUACAUUGCUUCUUAGAACUGGCCUGUGCAAUCAAACUAAUAAUAGAUGUAUAGAGGAAGCUGGUACGUAUAGUCAUAUAAAAGCUCUAGAAGGACCGACGGACGUGUUAUUGAUGGAACAGUACGAUCAUGUUAACGUUGUUUUUAAUACAUAAAAGACUACAUAUAUUUAAAUUUAUA